CACUUUGCUCGUCGGCAGUAGCCUCCUCGACAGCGUCGGCAUAACAUCGUGCGCUUUUGAAGAGGGUGAGAGGGGGGAUGGGUCACGGCGGCGGGGGCUAGUCGAUAGGGCAGGAGAGAGAGAGAGAGAGAGAGAGAGAAAGAGAGAGAGAGGUAAAGAGAGGUAGAUAGAUAGAUAGAAAAAGAGAAAGAGAGAAAGAGAAUAGUGAGAAAGAGAGAAAGAAGGAUAGAUAAAGAGGGAACGACGAGUCCUCCUCACCUUGCAACAGAGGUGAGCUCCAGCACGCAUUGCAAAGCAAGUGGCUGCUGCAAAACCGAACUGACACUUUAUUUUUUCGGUCAGUUGUUAUUUGCCGCUGCUGGCACCGUUUGUUACCGUUCCUGUGUUAGGUGUGUUAUCAUCCUUUAGCUGGGGGGAUGGUCACGGUGGUUUUUGUGGAGGCGGGGUAGUCGUUCGUGUUGGUCGUGCUUGUUUGAAAGGUAGUGGUAGAGGUGCUUGUAUGCCUGUGCUGCGCCUUCGUCGAAAAAGGGAGAGAUAAAGAUAGGUAGAGGUAACGAGAACGAGAAAGAGAGAGAGACAGAGACAGAGACAGAGAGAGGGAGAGAUAGAGAAAGAGAGAGAGAGAGAGAAAGAGAGAGAAAGAGAGCGAGAGAAAAGUAGCCCUCGAGGUUACGAGGCCAAAGGAGAAAGUGGGUGUUGCCGAAGUAACGUGUUGGACCGUUCGGGAGCUGCGGGACAUGCCGGGAGCCCGGACAGGUGGUGGCGUGCUAGGAUACGACGAAGGAUAAAGAAAGAGAGAGAGAGAGAGAAAGAGGGAAAUAGAGAAAAAGAAAAAGAUUAAAAGGAAGGAAAGAAGGAUGCCACUUUUCGUUGAUCCUCGAUCAACGAGUCAUCGACGACGUCAUCAACGUAUCCUCAACGUUAACUUCGUAUCCAAGGACCUUUGGCGCUGAAGAGAAAAAAGGUCCAAAAGGGAGGAAGGAAGGAUGGCAGGUGGAAGGAGUAUAGCAUCAUCGUCUAAGCAGACGAAACAUCGUCCUGCGCAAAGUUGGCCCUCGUACGAUUAGGGAGAAUCAAGAUAGAAAGGUGAUUGGACAAGGAAAACGAAGAGAGAGGGAGUGAGAGAGAGAGAGAGAGAGAGAGAGAGAGGGAGGGGGUGAUUCCUUCCAUCCUGAGGAUCGAGAUGAGCGAUCUACAGGCCACCCUCGAGUUCUCCCUCGAGCUCUGCAAGUUCUACAAUGUUGACCUCUUUCAACGAGGAUAUUACCAAAUACGGACGGCUCUUCGAGUGUCGCCAAAAUUACCGGUCAAGGUGGAAGUCAAUCAGCUGCGCAAUCAUUCGUUGGAGGCACCAGGCACGAGCAAACGCUUUCCAAUCCUGUACAGAAACGAAGAGGUGACACUCGGUACAUCGGUACUAUUUCGAGCACAUGUGCUUGUACACAGUCACAAGAUCGAGGAGGCCCUGUCUCGCACCCACUUCAAUCUUGGCGUCGAACUAUGGUUCAGCGAAAAUACACAACCCGGAAAUAUGGCAUGCGUGUCAUCGAGGGCAUUGCAGCUAAACUUCGCGCCAACGAAGGGUCUCCAUUAUCAUCUCCCGGUACUCUUCGAUUACUUUCAUCUCGCCGCCGUAUCCAUCACGAUCCACGCUUGCCUCGUGGCGCUUCAUCAGCCGUACAUCAAGAAGAGCAUCCUGCAUUACGUUCAAAGUUGCGCACCGCGAGGUGGGAAACCUUGGUUGCAAUUUAAACAGACGACAGCCAACAGCGAGAACAACGCAACCUUCGGAAACGUUGAAAGUACUACGAGGUGCGUAGGUUCGGCUACCAGGAUGCAACACGCCAGAUUGGUUCAACAAGAAGUUGCGAGAUUACUUUUAGCUGCUAGGGAAUCCCUGUUGAAUGAUCUGGCCGAUUUAGCAAGGCUUUUACCAUCUUGGCAGCAAAGGGCACUCGAGCUUGCACAGAACACGCACAAAGAGAUUACCAAGAUGAUGGACACGGAAGAGGCAGAUAUAGCUCAGCUCUGUGCACAAAAUAUCGUCCUUUGGCAACACUUUUUAGAAGCUUUCUCAGGUCGCGAAGCUGUUCAUCAACAUCUCGCUAGAAUUCAUCAUCAGUUGCGAGUUAAACGUUUUGCGGAGGGGUUUUUCGUAUUGGAAAAUCCACGAACGUCAGCGGCGGGUUGUUACGAUGCUAAUUAUCAGUCUUAUCAGGCAGUGAGCGAAGCAGCACGAAGAUCACGUUAUCUUGCCUCGUUACCACCGUUACCAGUUCAUUGUCCGGAAUUGGAUGGGGAUCUUCAUUCGUUGCCUUUGAUCUUCGAGGAUCAAUAUGCCGAUAUGCAACAGAGACACAGAAACAGUAUUCCUAGUAUGGACGAUUGUAGCUGUGGAAUCGCUGCGAUUCUGGGAUCCAGGACGAUGGGAAUCUGGUCACCGAGAAGCGAAGGUGCUGCACAGGACAUCGGAGCGAUGCAUGCUAGGUUCGCUACGACCCCUUCGACUUUACCAGCUAGGCAUAGCAAGUCUCUCGAUCAAUUGGGUCCUGAAAUGGCGCCAUUGCAACCAAGAACUUCGCCUAAGACAUUACCCAGAUCGGUGUCGACCCAACUAUUUCCUAAACAACGUGGUGGAAUGAGAAAUGCGACUCCACCAGCGACAGUUCCAUCGAGAGGAAGGCCAAGGUCAAGGGUAUCGUCCACCACCCUCUUCCCACCGUCUGGACAACAGCAGGCCUGUUCAGCGCCAAACCCAUCAUUGAGUUCCACUCCGGUGAUACCUCUUCCUCGAGCCAAAUCCACGCAGAUGUUGGUGCAAAAUCGACAACAAAUCGAUCCCCAAUCGACGUCCAUCGGUUCGCUUCUUGUGGCAAUGUUCCCCGAGCUACCAUCGGACACUCGGCUGCCUGGUUAUCGGCCCAACGCUAAAUCCUGCGAACAAAAUCUAACGGUACCCUCGUAUAUCAGAACGUUGGAUUUGGCCCAACUGGCUGAUUGCUUGAAUACCGAGAGCAAGUCUUCUCACACGUCUGAAGACUUUCAUUCUUUGGAUACCAGAAGGAUACGAUUGGAGCCGAGGAGUCAUCGAUUGUUAACACGACAAGGGUUCUCAGGCAACGAUCAAAAUAACUUUCCUGUCGGUAAAUCUGGUGCCAACGUUGCUGAUGGUUUCUUGCACGAACAGCAACAGCAACAGCAACAAACGCAACCGCUUCAUACAGCUACACUUGAUAGGAUAACGUAUCGUGGAAAUGCAAGGAAACAGGCACAUCAAACAGGUAGUAAAUACAAUCAAACCAACGGAUUGGAUACGCGACGUUAUCACACGAUCGGUAAAACAAGCUCAAGUCACGGACAAUCCAAUCGGGAAACGCAGGAUUCGAUAAACGGUGGCACAUUGACGAGCAGUCAUUCGUUGCUGAUGGAACCGUUGUACAGAGUAUCGAAUUACUCGUCGACAACAACGGAUUCAUUUUUUUAUCGAACUAACGGCACCAGCGGACGCACCCGCGACGAACCUGACCGACCCAAAAGACCGAAAAGUACCGACAGGCUCGUAGACGAGACUGAUAGAAACGAUUGUUACGAGUUUAGGAGGGACAGAACGAAAAGGAAAGACGAAAGGGUGACUAAAUCACCUCGUAAUGGUGUUACGUUGUCGUGUUACGUGGAAGAGAAACAACAGAAAAGAGUUCAACGUGAUAAAAGAACGAUGGACUCGCCUAAUGAGCCCUUAUACGAAGUGAUCGCGCUCAAGGCCGACCCCAAAAGAGAAACCCGCGUCGAGAGAAGAAGGGACAAGCACGGUAGGAGGCCACAUUCAGCGCCUGUAUUAGACACCGAACGUCCUACCGAGGAUGGUAGAAAGUGUGGUCAUAGGAACAGGAAACCUGCCCCGCCACCUGCAGCUUAUCAGGAUCCGGCUAUGGCACCUUUGCCUAAAUAUCGUCAUCCACCGCCAGCACCUACGACCAAUGUUCUCGAAGUUGAGAAUAAUAAUAAGAUUAUUCUGAAGGUUGAACCGAUAAAAUCUCCUAACGAGAUACCGGCUACAAACGGCAGAACACCGUCAUCCGAAAUAUCAAGUACCGGUGAACAACCGCCCAACGUGAAAAGACUAAGAUGUGCCAGCGUACCCGUGGCACAGAACAAAAUCGUAGUCCCACGUAGCGCCGUUUCGCUACCAUGCAUGCCGAUACGCGAUAGUAAAGAUAGCCUUAGCAACAAUCUUCCCGUCAUUCCAAAUCCCCUUAGUCCGCCGUCCACUCGACCGAGUAGUCCUACGACCAGUUCGAGCUCCAGCAAUUUGACGUCUGAGUGUUCAGGUUGGGUUAGCAGCGGUGACACCUCUAGCUCGGAACAAAAACGUAAUGCGAGAUUAUCGAGCGAACAGUUGCGUCAGAAACUUUCCAAAAUCGUACCGAGAAAGACAGGCCCAGCAAAGGAGAAUAGCAGUCCUAUCGAACAUUCUUACGAAGAAGUUAGAUUGCCACCACCAAAAAUGUUCCAAGACGAGCCACCACCUCCGGAAGAGUUUCGUGAUCCACCAGCGCCCAUCGACAAUCCUCUUUAUCACGUUUACGAGACGGUCAAAAGAACUAGGAGUCCCAAACAGAACAAGACAGCACCUUGUAGUCCUCAACGGAAUCGAGAAAAUGCGUACGGUGGUGGUACCGUUUGUUUGGAUUGUUAUCAAGAAGGCAAAGAACUUUUACAAAGUACCCAGGACGAUUUGAUAAACUUCAAAAAAUGUAAGGAAGAAUUCAAACGACAGAUGAGCUUCUCCGGUAGGAUUUACAGAGAACGCAAGGAAGCGCAGUAUCGCUUCCAUAAGCGUGCCCGUUCCUUCGGAUACGGUGACCUUCUGACCCCGUCGUCGAUUCAACCUUUAAGAUCGAAUGUGCCUCUUAGUGAUUACCCAAGCCUGGCCUCGACCUUGCCGUAUUUCCACAUCAGCGACGAGUACCGAUUAUUCUCGCCGGAAGGUGCUCACCUAAUCGUUUGCGUACAUGGACUCGACGGUAAUGCAGCUGAUCUACGUCUCGUCAAGACUUAUCUCGAAUUGGGUCUACCCGGGGCACACUUGGAUUUUCUCAUGUCUGAGAAGAAUCAAGGUGACACAUUCUCGGACUUUGACACUAUGACGGAUAGAUUGGUCGCUGAGAUUCGUCAUCACAUAGAAAUAUCGGGCUUGAAUCCAACGAAAGUGAGCUUCAUCGGACACUCUUUGGGGACCAUCAUUAUUCGAAGUGCUCUAACACGACCACAACUUCGGCCACUUAUUCCACGUUUGCACACCUUCCUUAGUUUAAGCGGACCUCAUUUAGGCACUCUUUAUAAUACCAGUGGAUUGGUUAACGCUGGUAUGUGGUUCAUGCAAAAAUGGAAAAAGUCCGGAUCGUUGCUUCAACUGGCAAUGAAGGACUCGCCGGACGUCAGGCGUUCCUUCAUGUUUCGUUUAAGUCAAAAAAGCAAUCUGCAAAAUUUCAAACACGUACUUUUGUGCGGAAGCGCUCAAGAUCGUUACGUACCGCUUCACUCGGCGAGAAUUGAACUUUGCAAGGCUGCCGUACGUGAUCCGUCCGAUCAAGGGGCAGCGUAUCGCGAGAUGGUGCACAACAUACUCUAUCCCGUGAUGUCGGCAUCCGGUGUGAGUUUGGUCAGAUACGAUGUCCAUCAUGCACUACCACCGACAGCAAAUGCACUUAUCGGCCGAGCAGCUCACAUCGCCGUCCUUGACUCCGAGCUUUUCAUCGAGAAAUUUCUCCUAGUUGCUGGUCUUAAAUAUUUCAGAUAAGGGAACAUGCAACAUGAUGGGAUCGAACACAUUCGCGGAUCCAAUAAUAAUCAUUCAUCUUUCAUUCACACGGGGAUGUGUACUAUCACGAUUUUCGAUGUGUACACAUUAUUACAAUUAAAUAAUAAGUUAAUAGGAGCAGCCAAAAAAGAAUGACGAAAUUAUUAACGAGAAAGAAGAUAUUAAAGAAACGAGAAAAAUAUAUGUUUAGAAGUGAUGAAACGUUUGAAAUGAAUUCAAAUAAUAAUUAAUCCGUUUCUGAUUGUAAGUAUGUGAGGAGAUGCCGCACGAUAAUAAGGUAGUUCGAUUUAAAUGACGAAGAAGAAGAAGAAGAAGAAGAUAAACAAACAAAUAAAACGAUUACAUUUUAAUUAAUAAAGAAAAAAAAAAAAAAGAAGUAAACGAUUUUUCCCCCCCGCGAUCGAAUCGGUUCGAGAAAACUUUUUUUUUCCGGCCUAGCUCCCCGUCGAGUUACGAUCGAACAAUUUUUAGGAAAGUUGCAAACGAAAAAGAAAAAAAAAAGAAAAAAAAAGAAAGAAAUUCUCGAAUAUCAUCGCGACGAAUCCUCGUAAAUUUAAAUGCCAAUAAUUUUCAUCGAUAAUAUCGCGAAAAAAAAAGUCAUACGUAAACUUUAACAAAUAGGGUUAGUUUAAUAAGACCAUCGAUCGAACGUAAUUGGUUCAACAUUGGCCAAUCUGUGCGUUGCAACAUAUAAUAUAUAAAUACGUUCGUAUAGUUUCGUGUCUUUUUUUUUCUUAUUUUUUAAAAUUUCGCAAGAAAAAAAAAAGAACUCGUAAUCGAUUCGCGACAUUCAGUCGCGAUGUAAAAUAUUUAAAUACUGACAUACUUAUCGCGUAUUCAAAAGUAUGUAAACAGUGUUUCGCUGACUCCUAUCAAAUAAAGAAUUCAUUAAGGAAAAAUUCAUUUAUUAAUGAUAAACAUUCAUUUAUAAUUUAUAUCUCAAUUAUCGUUAACUUUUAUAACGUUAAUUGAAAUUUGUAAUCUCAUCAGAUUAAACGUUUUUCAUCGCGAAAUCGUAAAACGUAUUCAAAAUAAUCGAACCUCGCGUAUCCACCGUAUUUAUUCUCUAUAAGUAUUCAUCGAAUUUAUAAAUAAUUCUUAUUACGUAUGAUUCAAAUUAUACUAAACCCCCUUCCGUAGUCCCGUCUGACUUGGAAAUUACAUAUCGAAAUUUUGUCCGUUUAAAUGAAUUUUUUCUCAAUCAACCCCCCUCUCCCCAAAUAUAAUAACGUUUACAUAUUUUCUUCUCACUAUAUUCAAAAUAAAUUAAAUGAUCAUUGAACGAAUUAUUUAUUCGUAUAUUCAAAGGUAUUAAAAACAUUAUGUUUCUUACAAUUUAUAUACAAAAUUAAUUUAGCCUACAGAGGGUGUCAAACAAAUCUUUACAAUUAAUUCUAAUUGUAUAAGUGUUUUUUUUUAUUCUUUUUAACGUAAGAGUCAGCGAUUCGCGGGCGUAUUUGAAAGAAAAAGAAAAGAAAAAGAAAUGUAAGAUUUAAAAAAAAAAAAAAAAAAAAGAAAUUAAAAGUAAAAAAUAUAAAAUAAAAAGUACGAGAGAAUGAGAGAGAAAGAGAGACAGAUGAAGAGAGGAGCAGUUUGGGAGACAGAGAGAGAUAGAAAAAAGAGAGAAUGAGAAAGAGAGAGACAAUGCUAGAAAAUGCAUUUGUCUAGCAUUUAGGAAAGUUACGAAACGCAUGUCAAUUGUUAACCUCAGAUAAGUGUGAGUGCGUCCCGUGCGCGUGUUAAAAAGAGAGAGAGGAUGGAUGAACAAACAAACAAACAAACAAAAAUAAGAAAGCGUAAGAAAAAAAUAAAAUGAAACAAAAAGGACGAUGGACGAGAUGAAUAAUUAGAAGAAAACGAACAAACAAACAAAGAGAAAUAAUAACACAAUAGAAGAAGAAGAAAUAAAAUAAGAGAAAGACAACACAACACGAAUUAGUGAAAUAUAAUUCGUAUAUAAUAUAAUUCGUGAUAUAUUAUUCUCGUUGGUGUUGUUUGUUGUAUUGCUGUGUCGCACGACGAUCAGAAGAUUAAUUAUAAACGCGUAUAAAAAAGAAAAAAAAAGAAAAAAAAGUGAUUGAUAAAGAAUUUUGUAAGGAGCUUGACUAAAAAACGAGCUUUGACGAAAGUGUGCUCGACGAACGGAAUAUUAAUAAAAAUUACGCACGCGUCUUCUUUUUGAUAGGGAAGAAAGACAAACGAAAGUUUUGUUUUGUGUGGGACUAAAAAAAAGUUACGAAAAUGUAAUAAUAUUUAAAGAAUGGACAACAAGUUGAAACGAGGAGGAUAGGAAGGACAGAAAUGAAGGAAAGGAAGGAAGGAAGGAAGGAAGGAAAAAAAAAACGUUUCAGGUAUAUGAAAUCCCUCCAAUACUAGAUCUCAAUUGCUCGUAACAAUCUACGAAGAAUUAUAAAUAAUUAAAUAAAAACUUCGACCACAAAGCGGACGUUCUACAAAAAAGAAAUACGCCUAUUACGAUCGAUCAAUCGUCGUCGGAAUGAGAUAAAAAGAAAGGAAAAGAAAGAGAAAAACAGA